CAGAACAAACAGCCAUGUCGUCUCCUGUUUCCUCAAAAGAAGAUACAAUGCCUACUGAACAAGUUGAUGAUAGAGAGCCUGAAACUGAGAACAAAGCUGAGGAAAGUGAGGAGGAGGAGGAGGAGGAAGAAAAAGAAAAAAGUCUCAUUGUUGAGGGAAAAAGAGAGAAGAAGAAAGUGGACAGACUGACAAUGCAGGUAUCCUCGUUACAAAGGGAACCUUUUACGGUUACACCAGGAAAGGGACAAAAACUUUGUGAAAUUGAACGGAUACAGUUCUUUUUGAGUAAGAAGAAAACUGAUGAACUCAGAAAUCUACACAAACUCCUUUACAACAGGCCAGGCACAGUUGCCUCACUGAAGAAGAAUGUGGGUCAGUUCAGCGGUUUUCCAUUUGAAAAAGGAAGUGACCAAUAUAAAAAGAAGGAAGAUAUGCUAAAAAAGUUCAGGAAUGCAGUGUUGAAAAGUAUCUGUGAGGUUCUUGAUUUGGAGAGGUCGGGAGUUAAUAGUGAGCUGGUAACCAGAAUCUUAAACUUCUUAAUGCAUCCAAAGCCUUCAGGCAAGCCAUUGCCAAAGUCCAAGAAAACACCCAGCAAAGGCAGCAAAAAAGAGCGCAGUAGUUCUGGAACAGCACGAAAAGCCAAAAACACCAAAGGUCCUGAAAUCUUGUCAGAUGAGUCUAGUAGCGAGGAGGAUGAAAAGAAAGAAAAGGAUGAAUCGUCUGAAGAAAAAGAGAGUGAAGAGGAGGUAAAUACGCCACCUAAGAAGGCAUCUAAAAAGGAAAAAUCUAAACAGAAAACACCUUCUAAAACAAAGAAAGCAGUGAAGAGUGCUAAUGUCAAGAAGGCGGAUAGCAGCACUACUAAAAAGAAUCAGAACAGUUCCAGAAAAGUUCCUCCACACCAUCUAUUGAUUACAGAGAUUGACAGACCACACCCAAGAGAUUGGGUUAUAAACAAUGGCCAGCAGUGGCAAAAGGUUGCCAACCUUUGCAGAGUACCAAGGAGAAGCUUAGAAAGUGAGUCCGACGAUAGUUCAGAUGAUGAACCUUUAAUUAAAAAGCUGAAGAAACCACCUACAGAUGAUGAGCUUAAGGAAACUGUCAAGAAAUUGUUGGCAAAUGCCAAUUUAGAGGAAGUUACAAUGAAACAAAUUUGCAAGGAGGUAUAUGAAAGCUAUCCCAGUUAUGAUUUAUCCGACCGGAAAGAUUUCAUCAAAAAAACAGUCAAAGAGCUGAUAUCAUGAUCUAGAUUGACUGUGGGAAAUGAAGAUUGCUGAUUUCUGUCCUGUGGAUUUGAAGAUCUCUGAUAGGCACCAGCAAAAUGAAUGUUUCUUGCCCUUUGUGGUAUUGUUUAUUCAGAGCUGAUUCUGCUGACCUAAUGUCCAGAGUGUUAAUGUAAAUUGCUUUGUGUACCUUUUUUAAAAAUUGCAUUUGAUGCAGUUUUAGUUAACCAUACUUAAGUUUUUUGCAUGGCAAUAAAUUUUCCCUUUUAUAGUUUUGUACAUUUUCAAAUUGCUUUGUACAAGUAGAUUGACUAGGACCAUCAUAGCUUUUAGUGUGCUUCAAUAGCUUACUUUGCAGGAUACUUUUUUAAUCAAGUAGGUUGAAAGCUGUUCAAGAGUCUGCACCUGUACAUGCAGAGAUUGUCUGGAAUAAUGCAGUAUUAGUUUUACAACACUUUUGAAUACGUAUCCAUUUAAAAAAUAUCAGGAAUAAAAGUCAUGGGCUAGUGUGUCUUUUAUAUUCUGGUUUGCAUAUUUAUAAAUUUGGAAUUACUUUGAAUCUAGAUUCUUGUCUUGCAUGUGCAUGCACUGUGAGAACUGUCAAAGCAUGGUAACUAAUUGGCAUAUAGAUGUUAUUUUUGUACUUUUAAAAGGCUUUCUGUUAUGUAUAUAAAGUUAUUACAGAUUUCUUUUGUUCAAAUCAUUUUUAAUCUAGUUAUUCCUUGGAGGAUUCAUGACAUGCAAUGUCAGUGUUCAGCAGUGAGGCAAUGAUGAAGAAAGACUACAAAAUAGCUGAAGUUUAACUGUCUGUCCCAUCUUACCAUGUAAGGGAAAUUUAACUGCAGUUUUAUACUUAUACUUCUCAGUGUUUAACUGUAUGUAAAGGCUACAGAUUCACUUAUUCUAACAGCUUGACCAAGCAAAUAAAACUCAACGAAGGCUAUAUGGAAGAAUGCAACUUGGACUUCGAAAAUAUUUCUAUUGGUCCUAGAGUCCAGUAUUUUCAGAUACGGGUAACUGAAGUAAUGGGCACAUGACGGGUUGAAUAAGACUGAAAACUCGCAUAGUGAAGGCCUUAGUUUGGGACAGCAUUUAAACACGUAGUCAGGUGGUAUGCUGUAUAGGACUGCUUUUUUGGAACAUAAGCUUAGGUGCCUACACAUGGGUGUGGUACUUUAAAUGUUAGAGCCCUGUUUCUAAGUUUUGGUCCCCAGCACGGCUUGUUCAAAGUGAUCUCUUCAUCCAA